GCGAAACUAUUUUCGGUUGACGAGGAAAUCAGUGUGUUCCCGCGAAGACCAGCACAAAACUGAUGCGUCAUUUUAACAUUCGCUCCAUAAGUCAUAACCAAAUUACAGCCGUGUUCGAGAUAUUUGCUGGAUCUAUGAUAUUAAUUUGUGGGCAAUUCUCUUUGCUCAGAGAUUACUGCCUCCGAAUUGGUGGUAGAGGCAACAUGUUGAGUCAUAGUAACAGACGAGAUUCUCGAGCUCAUUAUAGAAUAAAAUUAUGUCAUAAAUAUCACGUUAUUAUACUUAGGAUGGUCAGUAAGCUGAACUACUUAUUGAGGACAAUCAUUGGAGUAUAUUUCUUCGUAGCUACACUCACACUCUGUUCCGUAGCUAUUGAAAUUCAAUAUGACUUGAGCGCCACACAAAUGAUAUCGUUACUACAAUACAUCAGUGCAACUUUAGUACAGAUUUACUUGUUUUGUCAUUAUGGCGAUUCUGUUAUGAAUGAGAGCUUCGUUGGUCUGGGCGAGGGUCCAUUUGCAUGCGCCUGGUGGUCUCUCGGUCCCAAGGUGCGUCGUGAACUAUCAAUUCUUUGCUGCGGUAUGUCACAACGAUGCAGACUCUUUGCCGGACCUUUUAAUACGCUUGACCUACUCUCCUUUGUACAGAUUGUACGAACUGCUUACAGCGUCUAUGCAGUUCUUCGGCAGACAUCCGAAUAGAUCACAAUUAGGUUGAAGGAUACAAUGAA